CGGGUUACGUCGGAUCAGUUACAUAAAGCGGUUGCACGAGCGCGCAUGCGCACUGAGCCUCGUGCCCCAGCGACACAACGCAGCCGGCGCUGCUUACGCAAUUUAAAUUCAACAGUGGGAGUUUUAAAGUAGGAAAACGCUUCCCGUGACAGCGUACAGGUGACUUCUCCGCGGUUCGUGUCGGCUCGGCUCGGCUCGGUUCGGUUCGGUGCGCGCGCCUUCCCGGUCUGGUUCCCUGAACACUUUGGAAUUCGGAGAGAAGAACGCAGGACGGCGCGCAUCUGCUGGAGUGGACUCAGGAAUGAAGUUCCCCGUGGACCUCCUGGCUGGCGUUAGCCAGGCCGAGCUGGAACGUUUGGCCCACAACUACAUGGAGGACCUCCUCUACAGCAACCCCGACUCCCCUGAACACCUCGUCCUCUCUGACUCCACCCAGGUCACCAUUAACAUUUCCAGUGUGGGCUUCACCCCUCUCUAUGGAUCCAGCGACAGGCUGACGGUCCUGGCCCUCUUCUCUCCCAGCAACCCGUUCACCGCCGUGGCCCUGUUCCUGCUGGACCGCUGGUGGACGGUGGAUGACAUUCUGAAGACGGCAGAUCCCACGCGGGGCGGAACUGUGGAGGUGGAGUCUCUAGGAGAGAGAAUAGUGUUAUACAUCCUCAACCGUGUCAUCUACCGAGCCAAGGAGAUGAGCUGUGAGGAGCUGCCCUUCCUCUGCCACGGGGACACAGAUUACGCAAAGAUCCUCUGGGAUGAUGGGGAGGCUGUGGGCUUUUACUCAGUCAAACCUGCAGGCAGCUUCUGUAGAUCCUUUCCAAGCAGCAGCUACCAGCUUCCUGUGAUGGACUCCAUCUUCAUUAGAAAACAUCUGCGUCGUCAAGGCUUUGGCCUCCAGAUGCUCGAGGACUUUGUGCUAAGUUUCAGAGAGGAGUGUCUGGGGUUGAGGUUCCCCCUCACCAAAUCCAUGUACAGAGUGUGUGAGAAAUACCUGUGUCAGUACCCGGGGGACACACACCUUCUGUGGGAGGUGGAGAGCGUGGGCGGUCCCACGCAGAGGACCAACAUCUCCAAGAAGCUCCGGGCCAUGGACCAGACGGUGUCCAGGGGUCUGAUCUUCACUCAGACUGACGAAUCACUCGUGGUCACCACUCACAGAGAAGCCCGUCCUGCAGGAGGCACCGGGGACAUCGUGGAGGAAGUGACGGUACUGAGCGCCACCACAGAGGCAGAAGUGCCCCCCGCAGCCCGCGGUGGGAGUAGUGGCUCCAAACGAAGGAAGAUGCAAGAAAAGAUUGGAGAAGACAAGACAGAAAAAGUCAUCAGAAUUGAGGAUAUUGAAGCAGAAACCCCCAGCAAGGACCAAGCUUCUGCACAAGAGAAGACAGAACUGCACGUCUCUGGAUCGGUGAAGCCCGACGGUACGUCCAGCGUGGCUCGUGAAGCCCAACGAGACCUAGAAGAAGCUGGUGCUACAUUAGCACCUGCGACCGAGGAGCCACCAGUGGAAGACGACGCUCCGCAGAACCUGAACAGCAGCUCCUGUGACUCACACAUAGCAGUUGAGAAUGUGGCGUCAGAAAUCAGGGAGUGUCAGCAGGAAAUCACCGCCGCGCUGGCAGGCUCUGAAGAAAAAAGUCAAGUUGGGUUGAGAGUAUCACCACAAGAGGCGAGUCUAUCAACACGUGCAACAACGUCAGAGAAGAUUGUAAGUGUAAAAAGUGGAAGAGCCAACGUAAGGACGGUGACGACCCCCACACAUAGAUCUACUCGGCACAGCAAGCAAGAGGAUGUAGGAUUAGCUUUGAGGGGAAGAACCAUCAGGAACACCCUGAAACAUCCCCGACACAGCCCUGAAGAAUCUGAGAGGGAGCCCGCUGCAGCUGAGAGAGAAGCACCAGAAGAAGAAGAAACCUCCAUAGAACAGAUGGAGGAACCCCCCCAGGUGGAGCAAAGAAGAACCGGUGAAGCGCUAGCCACUGAGGAACCUACUGUGCACGAAGGUACCAUUGAAAAGGCAAAGGGGAACACGGAGGAACGCCCUGUUUCUGAGAUGGGUACACAUGGAGAGGCAGACAUUCCAGUAGAAGAUGCUGCUGAAGGGAACCUUCCACCAGCUGAGGUAGAGGAGGCAGGGCAAUUGGAGGAGGAAGAGGCACCACUUGUUGGGAAAAGAGCUGUGAGACACACAAGAAAAACCAGCACAGCCACAGCGAGACGCAAAUCGGCAAGAGGCGGAAAGCAGUGGGAUGAAGAAGAAUCCCAAAACGGUGAAGAAGAACCAGCAGCGACGACAAGAACACUGAGACGGGGGGGCGCUGCUGCAACGCACACAGCUAAAGGGAGAUCCGAACGGACCAGGAAGCAAAUCCAGGGAUCUAAAUGUGUCGAGGCUACGGGAGGAGUGGAAGAAGAGGCAGCAGAGGAGCCUGAUGAAGAGAUGGAGGAGGUAGGACAUACGCUUACUGGAGUUGCUUCUGACGAAGAGGAGGGUUUACACCUAGAAAAACAUGUGGAAGCUGAGGCAGAACAUAAGCAACAAGCCGUGGGAGAUGAAACGGGGCCUGGAUCAGAUGCCCCAGCAGAAGGGGACGAGGUGAAAGCCCCAGAGGAGGAUAUCGUAGAGGUGGAGAAUGAGGAUGUGGACAAAGGAGAAGAGAAGGAGAACACAGCUACAGUCAUAGCGGCACCAGAAGAGACCACCAAACCCUCACCGUCAGCGGCCACGCACUCGGCUGUACUUCCAGCAGGCAAAGACGGGGCCACACCGUCAGCAGAGGAAACGGAAAACCAGCUUCCUUCCCUCCGAAAGCUGACAGUGGUUUUAGUGGACCUGCAGAAACCCAACCACGGCGCCCAGGAUGUAACACAAGCUGAAGAGGAGAGUCUUCUUGUACAAAAGGAUGCUGCCAAGGCUGAAGGGGAACCGAGGGAAAAACCCAUGGAGGACAAAGAUCCGGUGGAACAGGUGAAUGUCCCUGUGGGUAUAAGGACAACUGAGAAGGAGGAGGGAGAACCAGUGACUAAUCAGGAGGAAGGAGAGAGACGCGACGGAAGGGAUCCAAGUGAAGGAGACAAACAUAUAGAGGCAGAGGAAGCUGUCAACCCACACGAUGAUCAGGGGGAGGGACCUAUCGAUGAAGAGGAAAAGACCUCGCUUGUUGCAGAGGAAGCCGUCGCAGAGCGAGACGGAGUGCAAGAAGAACAGUCAACCUCCACGUGUGAAGUGGUAGAACGUGCACAGCAGAUGUUGACAGCAAAGGACGAGCAGGUAGAAGAUGCAUCCGAGGAGGAAGCGCCGGUUGUUGAAAGAGUUCUGAGAAGUGGAAGAAAGACCGCAAAAGGUAAAACCACCACGAAACACGCUGAUGAGCAAGGGGAGAAAAGGGCAGGAGAAGGUGAACCAGCAGCAGACGUUGGAGUUCUGAGGAAGGGAAGGAAGCCAGCUGACGGAGCUCGCACACCGUGUCGGGGGGAGCGAGAGGAAGACGAUGGAAGCGCUCUACUCGAUAAGGAAACCAAAGCGCUGCUCGAGGAAAGUGACAGAAAAGAGGAAUGCACAGGCGAGAAGAUUGAAGGAGAGGAUGGUAAUGAGGAGGGAGGAAACGCAGAAUCACUCACAGAACAAGAGACCGUGGAGGAGAAACCGUCUGCUGCAGAGGGACAAGCAGAGGCUUCCUUUGGGGAGAGAGCUGAAGAGACCCCUAAGACAGACGAGGCAAAGGCUCCUGAUGAGGCAGCGAGAGCCACGACAAGGAAGGGAAGAAGGUCUGCUGCUGCCCCCCCGGGACGGAACGCCAAAAGGACCCGCACACAGUGUCAGCAGGAGGAAGGGGGAGGAGGAGAGGAGACUUUGGGAGAGGAAGUAGAGGCUGGGCAGGAAUCCCCUGAGGAAACGGUGAAAGACCAAGAUGUGGAGACGAAGGACGCCUCGACGGGGGAAGCCGGAGUGCUGGAGGAGGACGACCGCAGUGUGGAAGCUGUGACUGGCGGUUUUAAUGUCCCACCUCCAUCAGCCAAGGUCAAAAAGACCUCGGCCGAAGACGAGGAAACCACAGCCGCGGAACCACGGCAACAACAGAAAGCGUCGCCUGUCACCCAAUCACCAAGAUCCAGGAGACAGAAAGACGACGCCCAACGGAGAUCUGUACGCAAAAGGCCGAAAGUGAAUUACCGGGAAAACGAAGAGGGGGAGCGACAUGAGGAAGGCACUGACGAGGAGGAGGAGGUUACAGUCGCAUCAGAUGGGGACCACGGCAACGAGGCAGCCCAAUGUCCCUCAGGUACAGAGGCAGCAGGCGCAAGCAAGGAAGGCGAGGAAUACGAGCUGAAUACGUCCGAGGAAGAGGAGCCACCUAUCGUGAUCGGGGAGAGGGUUUUAAGAGGCAGGUCACUUCCUUCCGUGACGAUGACGCCGCAGUCCAGAUCCAGACGCCGCAUCGCUAAAGUGUCCAAAGAAAAGAGCCCUCGCUCAGCGCACAAGAGAAAAGGCCCCGAGGUGACGCGUCAAUCGAAGCGUCUCAGCAGAGUUUAGAACCGUCUGCAACCACUAAACUAAAAGAAAACAGGAGCAUCAGGAAACGUUUAUUACCAAAAGGAAUUUGUCUUGGCGGUUGGUGCGUGACAGUAGACAAUGUGACAAUAGACAAGACAGCAGUGCACAAGUAAUAAAAUAAAGUAAAAUGAAAUGCUAAUGCAAUGGGUUAGUAGAAUAAGGCUAUGGGUUAGUAUAAAACAAGGGAAUAAAGUUAAACAUUUUAAAUAUUAAAAAAGUUAAAAAAGAAAUCUUAAGCAUAAAGUAACAAAGUGACGAGUGACGACAAAGUGAUGAAUUACAGUUAAAGUGGCAUGUGCAGUAUGAGGGGGAGUGACCGGUGGGAUGUUAUAGUCAGUCAGUGGGACCGGCUCUGUUGAUGAGCCCGACUGCCGACGGGAAGAAACUGUUGGUGUGGCGGGAGGUCGUAGUCCUGAUGGACCUCAGCCUCCUGCCAGAUGGAAGGGGCACAAACAGGUUUUGUCCGGGGUGGGAGGGGUCGGCCACCAUCUUUUUAGCUCGCUUCAGGGUCCUGGAAGCGAACAAGUCCUGCAGGGACGGCAGAUUGCAGCCGAUCAUAUAUAUUAAUACUAAAUGUGUGUACUGACCCGGGACCAGUGUGUCUCACAACUCUCUUCACCUGUAUAUCUUUUCUCUUCCUACAUACUGAGCUGGAUUAGAAAACACAUUUUUAAGCAAAAACACCCGGGUUUGAUCCAGAAGAGUCCGAGUUCAUUGACAUCGGUACACAAACAAAUGAAUAGACUUGUGCGAGGUCCACAUCAGAUUCCUACUGAAUGUGUGUGUGGGGAAUUACUAUUUUUAUAACGUAAAACUCUCAACUAUAGGUUUUGUUAUAGUUUUACUCUACAAAGGGUCCAGAUAUUCUGUAUAGCUUGUUAAUGAACUUUGAUUCUAAUAUGUUUUUGUAUUACCAAAACCUUUUCAUGCUUUGCUAUCAGCUGUUCUUUCUAUAUACAAUUCACAUGUAGGGAUUUUCCAAUAUGUAACCACCUGUUGUGUUGAAAUGACACUAAAGAGGUUAUUAUCUCAUCAUGUGUGUUGGUUUUAAUACUGAUUAUUUACUCAACAUUAGACAUUCAUAUGUGUUGCUUUUUGCUGGCUGCAUCACUUGGAGGAUAACUUUUAUUUAGCUGUAGUAGAUGAUGUAAAACAUUGACCUUUCAUUAAUGUCUUGGUGCUUCUUAGCAGGUGGUGCGGAGUUCUUCGAGGUUAUUAGCUGAAUUUGUCAUUUGCUUUUAUCUGUGACGACUUUCCAUGAACUGAAAUUGUGGCAAAUAAAGGUUUCAAACGGUGGUA